CUUGGAUCAACGUGGCAGGGAGAUGGCCCGAGCUUUUUUGGCACCAUUCCCAAAGUAGGGGCUUUUACACGAGAAGCCCAAAGAAGCAAGUGCAGUACAGCGAUCGCUAAGGUGAGAGCAGCAACCGACAUCAGGGUUCGCUUUCAUCGUACAAAUCACGCGCAUCACUUCGUUCAACACCUCUCUCCCCACCAAAACGGCUUCGCUGCUCGCGGCAGUCGUCCAUCCCUCACACGGUCGAUCGACGGGAGCCGUCUCACCCAUCUUCAGCUUCUCGCCUUGCAUCAGCCCGACCCAUUCUACGCCCCUGUCCCGCCGCCCCUUCCUUCACCGUAAAGCUCGUCUACGCGCGAAUCAGCACCUUGCCACCUCUUUGGUUCGCAACCCAACAGCGUGGUUUACGAACCUGACUCGACAGUGUCACGGCUAUCGCUUCGGCGUCGACCUUGGCCGGUGCAUUGACCGCAGUGGUGGAUGGGCAUAGGGCGUAUUAAUCCAUCAGAUAACAAGGGAUGCCAAGUGCAAGCCAAAAGGAUCCAAUACACGCCACCUUAACGGUAAAUCAGAAGCGGAUGAUUCAUAUCCCGCGCCAAAUGGCUCGCGCCGCGCAUAUUUGCUCUCACGGUGCGAUGGGGUAACUUAUUUUGAUUGUAUUAGAUGGUGUACCAGCGGGUUAGCCUGGCGUCCUCCCCCCCUGCCACAUCCAAGUCAAUGCAAACUCGGAAGCAUCCCAAACCUGGGCAAAGCAAAAAGCUACCAAUGGGGCGGGAUAGUACACCGUAUCCCGAUUAUACGCCUCACGGAGACGACACUACGAUAUGCAUAUAUCAUGGUUGUUAGUGAGUCGAGUAUGCAUGGUGAGGUGCGGCGUUACUUGAAACCGCAGCGUCGUAUCCAAACGCCAGUGUCAGUGUCGAAUAUCGCUCUGGAAGACUGUCAGGUGGACAAUGACAUAAUCUGGCGCGCGGUACCACGGAAGUCCGCGGUUUAGCACAACAGACGACGCCAGAAUACCACAUGGCAAAGUACCUGCGAAGCAGCGAGUGAUCGACGUAUAGCCAGUGUAUUUUGCGUUAAGCUAGCCGUGUCACUCUGGAGUGAAAUACUGAGCAAUGAUUCGACGUACUCGGGGCGUGGUCAACAUGAAACAGUGGCCAGCUGCGGCUAAGUCUUACCCAGGCUCUGCUCGUGGAGUAUUCGUUCGUCUUAGCGCCUCUCUGGUCCAGCGCCUCAACACUGGCUGCCGCAGGGACCAUGCAGCCAUGGUUGUGAGGGUGGUACCAAAUCUUGCUGCCUAGAUUCUAGACAUGCGCGUGGUGUCAGAUGGGUUAGCCUACAUCCGUCCUGGUGUGGUAGCCACGCUCGGUGCAUCUUGGAGCGGCCGACGCCCAGUUGCAAGCUGCUGCUGACCCGCCAUUCAGUCACCUAUAGCACAGCUCGGCAACUUUCGAGCGCCUCGUCUGGUUCUUUUGUAAGAUCUAUGCGCUUCAAGAAAUUACAUGGUCGUUAGCUGAUGACCUAGUCUGCUACCAUGGCAAUGUGAUAUUCUAUAUGCAGAAGUUGGAAGCGAGACUAUCAAAUUGGUUACUCAGCACGAUUUUGCUCAGGCAAAUUCACUGAAACUGCACAUAAGCGUGCGGUGGACUUUGCGGAGAUUGUAUAGCGGCCGCAUAGCAAGUUCUCGGUUCCACCUGUACAAGAAAGCCGCCAUCUGAAGUUAUGAAACAGUGGCUAGCUAGCCUUCGAUGGCAUGUUACCUCUGUUACACGCCAGUCUUGAGUGUGACAUUAUAGAAACUCGACAGUCUUUAUAACCGAGUAUCCUAUCACAUAUAGGCAACAUGAAGCGCCGAAUAUGAAGAUCAGUCUUGAUAAAUGAUCCAAGUUUCCCCAAGUCGAACAAUAGCACCCAGUUACAAUACAGGUACAGGGCCAGCCCCGGCUCUCGCGGGACAACGUGGGUAAGACGGCCCCAAACAACGAAGCUUUUGCAUAAGCACGAGCCCUGUAGAUGCGUAGUACUGGCACUCUACUGGGCUGAAGGAAUUGGUUGAUAAAAUUUUGGUACACUUCAAACAGGGUUACAAGGUUCAUUCGCAUUGCGAGCUGCUGCGGAUCAACAUAUCAACGAUAUUCUAGCGCCACCUCCCAUCGUGUAUUCGGGUAACUGGGACUUGAUGGAAUUAUGGAAAACCGGGGACAUUUCUCGUUCAUUGCCCUAUACAUCGCUCAUCACUAGCUGACUGGCUAGUCUAUCCCCUGGAACCAGCCCACGAUGCCAUCACAGAUGGCACCCGUCCCAUAAGCUCCGGAUGGGGAAGGGAAGGGGCGUGGGCGUACUGGUAGUUCGAUUGGAAGUAGACCAGUGGUAAACGAAGAAGAAUCCACAAGAGAUGCAACACAUCGAAUUUCACGCAACUAACGAUAGACCGUCAAUAGGGAGAGCCUACCGGGCCCCUCUUGCUACCAGCGUCGACUAGGCUGUUAGGCCUCCUGCUCGGCCCCCAAUUGUAUCCCAGUGAUGCUGAAGAGCCCCGCGAACUGCUAUCCACAUUGGUACUUGCGAGUUUGUAGUGAAGAGACCCUUUGUGGGUGAGGAUUCGAUGGAGAUUUGUCAGAAUUCAAGUCGACGUUCCCCGACAGUGUCCCGACAUCCGACCAGCCCAUGUUUUCCUUGGAGUGAUCCGCGCGCCAGUCCCUGGUUGCCACAGACCUUGUUCUGCUUAGGUAGCUUUUCCCGCAACUUCUGUCAGCGACUAGGGACAACAAGAGCUGAGGGGGCGUACUCGGUAGAAAAUGAGACUGUCAAGUGGUGGUGAUCCGAGCAGUAUGCACGACCAUGCUAUAGCCACUGCUACCCAUAUCCAAACUAGCACGUUUUCUGCAAACAGACUGCAUCAUAAUGGAUUGAAGCCCAUCCAGCGUGGUUCCAUAAGCCGAGGUCGUGAAUUAUGCUCAACUUGCUCCAUAGUUGUUUGUUGUGACCGAUAUUUCGACGGGGUGGUGUGAUGUGAUGAGAACAUGAGGGCAACUGCUGCGUAUCAUUCUGCAUGAAGAGUGUAUACGGAGUUAAGGCCCAGUCCAUGCGCAGAACAUCUGGUUUAACGCAGCUUAAACCUAACGAGCAUACCAGCGUCACACUGGUCGUACUGGUCGUGUUGGUGGAUUGUGUCUUUAAGGUCGCUGAAACAGUGGCACAUUCAUGCUUCAAAGCCUCAACGCUCAUGGUUGCGCCGGUGAUCUCCCGUGUUUCAACACUGUCCAUGAUUCCAUGCAGAUUGAUUAAUUUCUGCCUUGCUUUAUAAAACAAUGAUUCUCAUGCUCAAGCUGAUCUGGGUUCAACUGGUCUAAGCGUCAUGAGGAAUCAAUCGAUGCAUAAACGCCAAAGGCUUCUGGUCAGUUUAGCGAUAUCCGGCAAAGCGGGGACACUGUUGCAGCAAAAACAAGGAACGCACGAGCAUUUCACCUCGGCUGUCGUUGGAAUCUCGUACCUUGCGGGAGGGCUGGAGUAGUGAUAUGGCCAACAGUGUACAUGGUAGAAGAAAAAAAGCAACCUUGUCCAACAAAGCCAGUGGCCGAGGGGAAGGGAAUUAGCAGCAUCGACUCGAUAUAAUACAACUGAUUAUAUCGGAACACAAACCUGCUCACCUGGAUGACUACGCUCGGUAGCUGUUCUCGGCUCUCGUCAAAGAAAAAGCCCAUCAGCCGCCCACCAGCCUCUGCCCGCGUAAUCCAUGACUGAGCAUGAAAUUUGAGGGUCUUUGCCUAUAGCCACACGAAUUCGUAGCGAUACAAGUAUACAUGCACUAUUGAGACAAAAGAAACUGCACUAAACUGAACCAACACAGGUGAAGCACAUCCUUCGUCGUAUGGCCCGUUUUUCAUGCCAUGGUCCUUUGCUUCGACGCACACCUGCCGUCAUCAUGAUCCGCGUACUUUUGCAUCUGUGUCCGUCGUACCCGAGGAAAAAGAGGCCAGAUCCGCGGCCAAGGAACGGCUAUCACGGAAAGAAAGCCCCAGAUCAGCUACACACCACCAGCAGUCCGACCGGUUGAACGAACAGUCAGCUAUUUGUCACCCAAGGCUGGCUAGCCCCCGGCCAGCCUCGGAACUAGGACGUAUCACUUGAAUAAAGUGGCUGGAUACUGGGUGGAUGCAUCUUUGAUACACACAGACACCCCCUUCUGCACCAACAUGCAGUGUGGUACAGCAGCAUGCCGCCACCAAGCCCACUAGCCGAUUGCUCACAGCUGCUAGGGAUCUUCUGCAUGCUUCUACAUUCGCCGUUUAUUCGUCUGCCUAGAGUUUUAGUGCGGCAAAGUGUACCCUAAAGGCUCUACCGGGCUAGAUUAGUGCCGUUUCAGCCGCGAUCAGUGUGAGCCCGACUCUACACCCCUCCGCUUUGGGUUGCUCUGCUACAUUUUGGCGAGAUGGUGGUUGCCCAAGGGCAGCGCUGGAUAAGUCAAUCUUUUGAGUUGAGUUGCAAUGUAUUACCUGUUGCUGUCAUGUUGGAUGCUGCUUGGAUGGCCAAUGUUAUUUGCGACAAUUCAUGGGAACUGAACUGGGAAACCCUCCGUCUGGUAGAGCACGCCCCCCCAGCUGCACCGUCCUGAAAUCUCGAUUCCGAAGGUCCUUGAUUGAACGGCUGCCGGGUUUACCAUGCGCUCGGUCGCGAAUGUUGGUCGGGAUAUCUCAGACCAGGUACCGGUGCAGCAGCUACGGCGAACACCGACGUUUCCUCGGCUCCGGGACCAAAUAGCUCGGCUAGAAGUGCGACUGAAGUCUGUAACCGAAGAGGAUAGUGUUGAAUUUGCUGUCAUGCCGUUCUAAGAACAAAGCAGUGGUUUUAUUUUGUACUGGAGCUUAAUGUGUAGUACGGAUAGCGUGUCUAUUGCCGUAACUACUCCGAGAGUUGCAGUAUGAGCCAUAUCGGUGCCGGUAUAGAGUUGAUAGGUCUUUGUUCAUUCUUGGAACUGGAUAUUUGUAGUCUCAGUAGUGGUGAAUUAAAAGAAGCUAUAUUCUUGAUUAAGGGCAAUAGAUACUGUAAUGACGGAGCGUUCAACUUCUGUGUGAAUGAUCUGGCAAUAUCUCGUAACAAUCUGGAACGGUUUGAGUUGUACCAUCUAUUUAUUACUGUAUUCUGCGUAUAGUUCAGAUCUAGAGCUCGUUUCCAUCGACUCAGGUGUAGUGAAUUAAGCUGCAAUCUUGAUAUCAUACUUCUCGUAGGGGAAGUUCUCAAGUGUCGGCAAGUACUCUGCCCACCCAUCGCAAAGCUCGCCGAGUUGGUGAACAUCAACACCACCACCAGCUCCAGUGCGAGCCGCCAAGACUUCCUCCUCUCUACCAGCGAAUUCCUCCUUAAGCUUAGGAUGAGGGCACCAGAUGACGCGCAUGCCAGCACGGCGGCCAGCCUCAACGCCAGGAACGGAGUCCUCAAAGACAAGGCACUCCUCAGGCUUGAUGGGCUCUUCGCCAGCAGGCAGCGAAUCGUUGAUGGUCUUGAGAGAGAGCAAGAAGAUGUCCGGAAGAGGCUUUCCACGACCACGCUCUAGGCGCGAAUCGUCUCCAAGGACGCGGCGUUCGUUGGGGAAGACGCUGAAGAGGUCUUGGAGAUGGUCGGACUUGAGCUUGAAGUUGGCAGCGUGUGAGCUUGUGGCGAGUGCAAUGUGAACACGGUGAGCAGCAUCGCUCUUCUCAGUUCCAGAAAGAUCCUUGAGGAGCUGAGGAACUCCCGGCAAGGGCUUGGCAGUAGGGAAGAGCUGGUGUUGCAGCGCCGUGAGCUGGUGCAUGUACUCGUCGUAGUCGAUGGGCAGCUGGGCCCAGUCGUUAAAGAUCUUGUUGGCCUCUGGGCCAGGGCGGCCUUGGAGUUGGGCCUUGAUGGACCAGGGAAGUGAAGGCUUGCCGUACUUUUCCAAAAUGAUGUUGAUGCACAGCGUGUAGAGGUCCUCGGUGUCGAGGAGAAGGCCGUCCAUGUCGAAGAGACAGGCUCUGACGCGGGGGAAGCUGGUAGAUGUUAGUAAAGGAAGGGUUAAAGGUAUGUAGAUGAGAUGAGGAGAAUGAAGCAAACUCAACUCGCAGAUUGAAGUGAGAAGAUGACGAUGCUUCAGGUUGACAUACUCUGUUUUAGGUGCCAUGAUGGAUGUGGCCGCUUGUAUGGUCAAUCUAGCAGAACUUAAAGGGAAUAAAGCGCAAAUAUGAUACAAUCAAUACUGUUAAAGAGUGGUAAUUGAUGCACCGCGCGUGAAGACUGCUGGCGAUGGCUUGUGAUGUUUUGGAUGGUGGUUGUGCAGAAAAGCGGUGCGGUGUUUGCUGGAAGAUGGUGGGGUUGAAAGGAAUCGGUUACGAGCCUAGAAGGGUAGAACGCGUGUCGUCAUGAAAAGCAACAACCUGAGCUCGCGAAAGAGUAGAAUUCGUUACUCACCUUCAUUUUGGCAACAAAACAUCACAAUCGCGGAUUGUCUGAGACGACAUCGCCAACAUUCACUCCGCCGUCAGCACAGCCGCAGUUUCGCUUGAGCCGCCUGCCGUUUGCCAGGUUCACGAGCACGCAGGCCAAUCAACGACCUUCGCUCAUCGCUUUGCUCAGGAACAAAAACAGCAAACUAGUAAAAGAUGUCGGAACCCGAGGAAGUGAAGGCGAACAAUGACGCUGUAACUGACAACACCACAGCCGAAGAGCCGCAGCAACGGUUCUCACCCGACGAAGAAAAAACACUUCUUGACGAAUCAAAUUCCUUAAAAUCAGAAGCAAACGAUCUCUUCGGUGCCGGCAAGUACCAGGACGCCAUUACCAAGUACCAAGAGGCCCUACAAUCCUGCCCAAACUACCUUCACUUCCCCCGCGCAGUUCUACAAAGCAACGUUUCCGCAUCGCAUCUCAAGCUAGAAGAAUGGAAAGAAGCCAUAAAAGCAGCCACAGCCUCCCUCGACCUCUUAACCAAGCUACAAUCCGAAACCCCGCUACUUGCAAACCAGCCCGCGGACCAAGAUGCAUCCGGCGUCGUCGAGCUCCCCGACACAGCCGAUGAAGAGGCUUCUCUAGCGCUGCUCUCACAAAAAGCCGACAUCCAGCGCAUCCGUACAAAAGCACUUCUACGCCGCGCCCGUGCCCGCUCCGAAGCAGGAGGCUGGCAGAACCUUGCUGGUGCAGAGGAAGACUACAAGACGCUUGCGCAGAACCCUGAGUCCUUGACGCCCGCGGACCGGCGCACCGUUCAGACACAACUACGAUUACUUCCGCCGCGGUCUAAGGCGGCUCAGGAGAAGGAGGUAGGCGAGAUGUGGGGGAAGCUCAAGGGCCUGGGAGACGGUAUUCUGAAGCCGUUUGGGCUGAGCACGGAUAACUUCAAAAUGGUCAAGGAUGAGGCGACGGGUGGAUAUAGCGUCAACUUUUCGCAGGGCGGAGAGGGCGCAUCAGGCAAAUAGACGUUACUGACACACGUUUAUAAUGAAAUAAAAGGAUUACAAUGUAAUGCAAUGCUAGCUAUAUGUAUCUGUAUAUAUGCAAGAAAUGUGGAAGAUGAUGAUGCUAUCCGGAUCCUGAACAAAACCACCGUCGGGUAGAAUCAACCGCUGUAUGAAAGAAAAAAGAUGAACAAAACGCCUCAAAAGUCCAGUGUAGAGAUAUGCUGCACUGUGUUACAGUGACUCAGUCUUGAAUGCAAGGAGCGACGCAAGCUCAGACGGCUUUCCACCGCACGCCAGGAACUCGUGGUCGAGCAGUUCGUCCGCCGUGGCUCUCUUGUCAACGUCGACUUGGAGACAUGUGUCGAAGAAGGCCUUGAGCUUAGCGCUAUGCUUGUCCGGGUUACGCAGCGGCGGUGUGUCGCCUGCUGCAAUGACAAAGAGCGCUCUCAUAGGCUCCAUUUCCAUAUACGGCGGCUCCAUCUCGGCCAUCUCAAUGGCCAUGAUGCCCAGAGACCAGACAUCGACCUUGCAGCCGUAUUUCUUCUGCUUGACCACCUCGGGGGCCAUCCAGUAUGUUGUUCCGGCCAUCGUGGCACGCUUAGAUCGGCGUUCGGUGAGCUGGGCGCUGAAUCCAAAGUCGGCUAGAAAAGACAAGUCAGU